CAAGCAGCCAUCCCAAUUCGCACAUCCCACUAUUUUCUCCUCUCUUUCUCUUAGGCGCGCAGGCGAGAGAGAGAUUUUCACACACGUAUAUAUAGAGAGAGGUCCACUCGGCACCACCACCUACUACUCUUCUCUCUCUCUCUCUCUCUCCCCUUGGGCUUGGUUCAUGCAAACCACUGUCGCUCCCUAGGGUUUAAUUCUCCAUCAUCCAUCGCCAUGGCUUUCCAGGACAAGAAGCUCAUCAACAACCCCAAUGAUGUGGUGACUGAGUUCAUUGAAGGUCUGGUUGAAACAUAUCCUGGGCUGCAGUACUUGGAUGGUUUCCCUCAGGUGAAGGUUGUGUUGCGCGCUGAUGUUUCCGGUGGUACAUAUCACAAAGUUGCAGUUAUAUCAGGAGGUGGGAGUGGGCAUGAACCUGCGCAUGCUGGAUUUGUGGGCGAAGGGAUGUUGACAGCAGCUAUCUGUGGGGAUGUCUUUGCCUCUCCGCCAGUUGAUUCAAUUCUAGCAGGCAUCCGAGCUGUAACUGGUCCAAUGGGUUGUCUCCUGAUUGUCAAGAAUUAUACUGGGGACCGUCUGAAUUUUGGUUUGGCUGCAGAGCAAGCAAAAUCUGAAGGUUACAAAGUAGAGACUGUAAUUGUUGGAGAUGAUUGUGCAUUGCCCCCUCCUCGAGGAAUAGCUGGUCGAAGGGGUUUGGCCGGCACCAUUCUUGUUCAUAAGAUUGCUGGAGCUGCAGCUGCUACUGGAAUUUCGCUUGCUGAUGUUGCAGUAGAAGCAAGACGUGCAUCUGAAAUGGUUGGAACAAUGGGUGUUGCAUUAUCUGUUUGCACACUGCCUGGUCAGGUUACACCAGACCGUUUGGGACCUGGAAAGAUGGAACUUGGUCUUGGAAUUCACGGAGAACCGGGUGCUGCUGUUGCUGACCUUCAACCUGUGGAUGUUAUAGUCUCUCAUGUUCUCAAGCAGAUAUUGUCUCCAGAAACUAACUAUGUUCCGAUUACUCGCGGUAGUAGAGUGGUUCUUAUGGUCAACGGGUUAGGUGCAACUCCUGCAAUGGAACUGAUGAUCACAUCUGGUAAAGCAGUACCUAAGUUGCAGCUGGAACAUGGAUUAGCUGUUGAUAGAGUGUAUACUGGAUCAUUCAUGACCUCUCUUGAUAUGGCAGGUUUUUCCAUUUCUAUCAUGAAGGCUGAUCAAGCUAUUUUACAACGUCUGGAUGCUCCAACAAAGGCUCCGUAUUGGCCUGUCGGCGUGGAUGGCAAUCACCCACCUGCAAAGAUUCCUGUUCCAUUGCCUCCUUCUCAUUCAACAAAGAUUGAUGAGCCAUUAGGUCGGCCAGCACAACUGAAUGAACAAGGCCAUAUUCUUGAGGUGGCUAUUGAAGCAGCUGCAAAUGCAGUUCAAAACCUCAGGGAUGAAUUGAAUGAUUGGGAUAGCAAAGUAGGUGAUGGUGAUUGUGGGUCAACAAUGUAUAGAGGUGCAGCAGCAAUUUUGGAAGACAUGAAGAAUUAUCCUCUGAAUGAUGCAGCAGAAACAGUGAACGAAAUCGGAGCAUCUAUUAGAAGAGUUAUGGGAGGCACAAGUGGGAUCCUAUGUACCAUAUUUUGUAAGGCAGCCUAUGCACAGUUGAAAGCGAGCACCCAAUCUGUUGUCACGUCAAAAAAUUGGGCCGAAGCACUUGAAGCCUCCAUUGCUGCAGUCAGCAAAUAUGGUGGGGCUAGUGCUGGUUAUCGCACAUUGUUAGAUGCCCUUAUUCCAGCAUCAGCAAUUCUUCAAGAGAGGUUAAAUGCUGGUGAUGAUCCUGCAACUGCUUUUAUUCUCUCAUCUGAAGCGGCAGUGGCUGGAGCUGAUUCAACUAAGCACAUGCAGGCACAGGCUGGGCGUUCAAGCUAUGUCUCUGGAGAGAUACUAGCAUCAGUCCCAGACCCCGGUGCAGUGGCUGCAGCGUCGUGGUACAAGGCAGCAGCCUUGGCUGUGAAGAACAAAUAUCAAGCUCCAUGAAUGAAAGACCGAUCCAUUACAUUAGUUCUUGUUGCAAUUCUGCAAUUUUUAGCUGCAGAGACAACAAACUGAUUUUUGUUCAUAAUUUUGCACCACUACUAACAGGCUUUCCGCUUAUGCUUUUCGUGCAUAAUGCUGAGAGAGCGAUUUUCAUCCUCAUACAUACAAUACAUGAUAUUCCUUUUAGAAUACUGUAAAUUUCAGAUGGUGCAUUGAGCGAUAUCUACGGAUAUGGUUGUAAGAUUUUUAUGACUCGACUUGGAUUAUCUUUUUACAAGUUUAUGAAGAACCCUUAAUGUUGGUUUGAGGCCACAUCAAA